CACCUCCUUCCAAUAUUGACUCAACUCCACUUACUUUGCCCCCUAGCUGACUCUCUCUCUCUCUCCCCCUUGUGGACAUUUUCCCUUAACUUUUACCUUUGAGCUUCACCAAUACCAUUGCCUCUAAUCUCUCUGUUUUUCUCUCUACAAUGGCUUCCCCAUCCCUGUUCUCCUUCUUCCUCCUCCCCAUCCUCCUCUCUCUCUCACCCACCCUCUCCACCAACUCUGAAGGAAAUGCAUUGCACUCUUUGAGAAGCAGACUCUCUGACCCCACCAAUAUACUGCAGAGCUGGGACCCUACUCUUGUCAAUCCUUGUACUUGGUUUCAUGUGACCUGCGACUCCAAUAAUCAUGUUGUUCGAUUGGACUUGGCCAAUUCUAACAUUUCUGGAUCUUUGGGUCCGGAGCUUGGUGAACUUAAGCACCUACAAUACUUGGAACUUUAUAGGAAUAACUUUGGAGGGAAAAUCCCAAUGGAGUUGGGUAACUUGAAAAACCUCAUUAGCAUGGACUUAUAUGCCAAUAGAUUUGAGGGAAAAAUCCCAAAGUCGUUUGCCAAAUUAAAGUCUCUUAGAUUUCUACGGCUAAAUGACAACAAGCUAACAGGAUCAAUUCCGAGGGAACUUACUACUCUUUCCAACCUCAAAGUUUUUGAUGUUUCUAAUAAUGAUCUUUGUGGAACAAUUCCAGUUGAUGGCCCCUUCGGAAGUUUUCCUAUGGAAAGUUAUGAGAACAACAGACUUUCUGGACCCGAACUGAAAGGGUUGGUGCCCUACGACUUUGGAUGCUGAAGAUGCAUAGAUGGUGUUGAAAAUCAUUACAGACUAUAUACAUAGCAGUUUUUAUAUAUAUCUCUACAUUGUGUAUUGUAACUGCAGCAAACUUGAAGCAGUUUAAGUUUACAAGCAAUACUAAGUGUGCUAAUAACGAGCUUGAGAAGAUCAAGUUCAAUCUUUGCGCUGAACAUUCUUGUUGCAAGGAAUCAACAAUAUUAUAAAAUAGAGUGUCCCGUUCAAAACACGGUUUUUGUUAUCAUGGUUAAAAGUUUGAAUGUAAACUGUUUGGUAAAAGGAUGAACUUUAUAUCGUAAUAUAAACCGUUAUAUCUAAAUAAUCUUGACCGUUGUUAUGUUUUGUGUAAGGAGGACUAAGUAACUCUAGCCAA